AUGUCAAUUGUAACUGAUGAGUUGAGAGCCAAGGCUGAUGAGCUCUGCCAUGGUGAUGCUAUCUGCCAGGAGAAAUCAAAGUUCUUGCUCACAGAGAAGGGUCUCCCCAAUGGGCUCCUCCCCAUGAAGGACAUGUUGGAAUGUGGCUACAUCAAAGAGACUGGCUUUGUUUGGCUCAAGCAGAAGAAGAGCACCACCCACAAGUUUGAGAAGGUUGGGAGGCUGGGAAGCUAUGCAACUGAGAUCACAGCCUAUGUUGAGAAGGGCAAGAUCAAAAAGCUGACAGGAGUCAAGACCAAGGAGCUCAUGGUGUGGGUGUCACUUAGUGACAUCUAUUUGCAUGAACCCCCAACUGCGAAGAUCGCCUUCAAGUCCCCAACAGGGCUAUUCAGGACAUUUUCUCCAUUGGCUUUCGAGCUUGAUGGACCAGAUGGUGGCAACGCCUGUGGAGGAACACAAGGACGUCCCGGAACCUGUGGAAGUCUAGGCUCACUGCUAUAG